CCCACCCGUCCCCGGCUUCCAGAAGACGCUCGGUGAUCUACUUCUUUCCCUGCUCAGGCCCCUCCCCGCUUCCCCAGUCCUACGACUUCCGUUUGCUUGGUCGUCUGGGAAACCGCCGACUUCCGGCCUCGCAGCGGUGGGCGGAGCUAAGAUGGCUGAGGAGAGACUCGCGACGAGAACUCAAUUUCCUGCAUCUGCUGAAUCUCAAAAACCCCGGCUGAAAAAAGCUCCAGAGUUUCCUAUUUUGGAGAAGCAGAACUGGUUGAUACAUCUCCACUAUAUCCGGAAGGAUUAUGAAGCAUGCAAGGCUGUUAUCAAAGAACAGCUUCAGGAGACUCAGGGGUUAUGUGAAUAUGCCAUUUAUGUCCAAGCAUUGAUAUUUCGCCUGGAAGGAAAUAUCCAAGAAUCCCUAGAACUCUUUCAGACGUGUGCUGUUCUCAGCCCUCAGUGUGCUGAUAACCUCAAGCAGGUGGCUAGAUCUUUAUUUCUUUUGGGAAAACAUAAAGCUGCCACUGAAGUAUACAAUGAAGCAGCUAAACUUAACCAGAAAGAUUGGGAGAUCUGUCAUAACCUAGGAGUUUGCUACAUUUACCUGAAACAGUUUGACAAGGCACAAGACCAGCUGCACAAUGCCCUACAUCUUAACAGGCACGAUCUGACUUAUAUAAUGCUGGGCAAGAUCUACUUGCUGGAGGGAAACUUGGACAAGGCCAUCGAAAUCUACAAGAAAGCAGUGGAGUUCUCACCAGAAAACACAGAACUUCUUACAACUUUAGGAUUACUCUACCUGCAGCUUGGCAUUUACCAGAAGGCAUUUGAACAUCUUGGAAAUGCACUGACUUAUGACCCUACCAACUACAAGGCCAUCUUGGCUGCAGGCAGCAUGAUGCAGACCCAUGGGGACUUUGAUGUUGCCCUCACCAAAUACAGAGUUGUAGCUUGUGCUGUUCCAGAAAGUCCUCCACUCUGGAAUAACAUUGGAAUGUGUUUCUUUGGCAAGAAGAAAUAUGUGGCGGCUAUCAGCUGCCUGAAACGAGCCAACUACUUGGCACCCUUCGAUUGGAAGAUUCUGUAUAAUUUGGGCCUCGUCCACUUGACUAUGCAGCAGUAUGCAUCAGCUUUCCAUUUCCUCAGUGCCGCCAUCAACUUCCAGCCAAAGAUGGGGGAGCUCUACAUGCUCUUAGCUGUGGCUCUGACCAAUCUGGAAGAUACAGAGAAUGCCAAGAGAGCCUAUGCAGAAGCAGUCUGCCUGGAUAAGUGUAACCCUUUAGUAAACCUGAACUAUGCUGUGCUGCUGUACAACCAGGGUGAGAAGAGGGGCGCCCUGGCCCAAUAUCAGGAGAUGGAGAAGAAAAUCAACCUACUCAAGGAGAGCAGCUCUCUGGAAUUUGAUCCGGAGAUGGUGGAGAUGGCCCAGAAGUUGGGAGCUGCUCUCCAGGUCGGGGAGGCACUGGUCUGGACUAAACCAGUUAAAGAUUCCAAGUCAAAGCACCGGACCACUUCAACCAGUAAAGCCGCCAGUUUCCAGCAGCCUCUGGGUUCUAAUCAAGCUCUAGGACAGGCAAUGUCUUCAGCAGCCGCAUACAGGAAGCUCCCCUCAGGUGCUGGAGGAACAUCCCAGCUCACAAAGCCACCGUCUCUUCCUCUGGAGCCAGAGCCCACUGUGGAAGCACAACCAACUGAAGCAUCGGCACAAAUAAGAGAAAAAUAGGUGUGGGGUGACCCCAGUGUUGGGGUUUCUUUAGCGAGGGUGUAGCAGAUUAGGAAAGGUCCCGUGACACAGGCAGCGUGGAGGCCAGCAUGUUCCCUGGGCAACACGAAUUAGAACGCAGAACGUGUUAUGAUGAUCACGGGGAGCCUGAGGCCUGCGCAGUUGCCUGCUGCCCUGUCAGCUGGGAAAGAGAGAAGACGGCCCAGACAGGUUCUCCAAGAAUUGAGAGCAGGGCUUUGGCUCUAUGUAUGUAGUUCCAGGAGCCAGCAGGGCAUGUGACGCUGUUUGCUUUGGAAACGACUUUAUCUCCUGGCUGGCUGACCCCUUCCUUUGUGGAAGGAAAGUCUGAGACAGACCUCUGCUCAGUAGCCCUGUCACAACAAAGCCUCAGCUUAGCUGAGGUAAUCCUCGGGCUGUGUGGUAUAUCAGCCACCAAGGCAAACACAAAUCUUGCGUUAAUAAUCCAGCUCUAAUAGUCUAAAUUUAAAAGAAAAAAAUGAUGAGAAAAGCUCUUUGCAUUGAGGGCCAGACUAUUGAGUGUCUCAGCUGCACUUGCCCAAGAGAAUCCAGAACAAGUCCCUAUAUCCUAUUCUUGAGAGAGGUCCGAGUGUACAGCCAGAUCAUGUCAGUAUGAAAAGAAGCAGAGAUAAAGGGCUGGUCUGGUAUCAGCACCAAGGAUUUAAAAAAAGGAGCCCCCUUUUUUUUUUUUUUAAUUUUUUUUUUAAAGAGCCUCUUAACAGAGGAAUUUUUAUUUAAGACAAUCAGUGAUACCACUGACCAAAUGCUAUCAAUACAUUAUCUAUAUAUCCUUUUCAGAAUAAAGAUUAUGUAUCAUGCCUUUGGGGAAAGUUGUUAUUCAGGUAUAAAAAUAAGGGAUCACAAUAAAAACUUUUUAAAAGAAACUCGCACCUGCCCAGCCUCUGGGGUUUGUGGGUUUGCAGUUUCUCAUUCACUCUGUUGAGAAAGGAGCUAUUCAGAUUUCUACUGUGGGAGUUGCUCAUGUCAUCACAGUUAGAAAAAUUGCAUCACAGAAAAAGAGAUCAAGUACACAAUCAUAGAUAUAGACAUAGUUUUAGAUGGCUCAAGUUGGAAGCAAGAAAGUGGAAGAGUGCCCUUCUUACCAAGUAAUGUUAGUAUAAACAGAGUGAAAUUUUGGAGUGUGUGAUUAGAGUGAUCGUUUUGUUCUUAAGGAAACAUCGCUGUUGUCUGAUAAUAGAGAGUAGCUCACAACAGAUCAGUCCUCCCACAGACAGUAAAUAUAAACCAAUGGGUAAAUAUAAAAUACUGUCUUGGUUUAAUUAAAAAAAUACAACUGCUCCAAGUAAAAAUUAUUAUAUGUGAGGUGUAAUAUAUAUAACUAAAGGACAAGGGGUACAUGGAACUUUAUGGUUGAAAGGUUUUUAUAUUUUACAUGAUGUGGUACAAAACUAAAUACUGUAGUUUGCAAAUAGUUAAGGCUAUAUAUUAUAAUCCCUAGAGCAACCAUUAAAAAGAUGCAAAGAAGCAUAGCGCUUGGGUUGGCCAAAAAGUUCGUUUGGUGUUUUUUUUUUUUGCCCUGUAAGAUGGCUCUAGUAGUGCUUAGUUUUCUUUAACUUCAUUCAAAACAGUUUUGUUAGAUUGUAUUGUGACAGCUGUCAUAUCUGUGUGCACUUAAAAACUUAUCAAAAUUGGUGAAUUUUUGUGUAGCCAUUUUAAUAUUGAAGAGGGAAGAAAAACAUUUUGGGGGGCUAUUAUGCAUUAUGAUUUCAAGAAAGGUAAAAACGCAUCUGAAACGCAAAAAAAGAUUUGUGCAGUGUAUGGAGAAGGUCCUGUGACUGAUCAAACGUGUCAAAAGUGGUUUGCGAAGUUUCAUGCUGGAGAUUUGCUGGACAGUGCUGCAUGUUUGGACAGACCAGUUGAAGUUGACAGCGAUCAAAUCGAGACAUUGCGAACAAUCAAUGUUGUAACACACGGCAGAUAGCCCACUUACUCAGAAUAUCCAAAUCAAGUGUUGAAAAUCAUUUGCACCAGCUUUACGUUAAUUGCUUUGAUGUUUGGGUUCCACAUAAGUUAAGUGGAAGAAAACCUUCUUGACUGUUUCCGUAUGCAGUUCUCUUAAACAUAAUGAAAAUGGUCUGUCUUUAAAACAAUUUGUGAUGGGCAAUGAAAAGUGGAUACUGUAUAAUAAUGUGGAAUGUUAGAGAUCAUGGGGCAAGCGAAAUAAACCACCACCAACUACACCAAAGGGCAGUCUUCAUCCAGAGAAGGUGAUGUUGUGUAUGUGGUGGGAUUGGAAGGGAGUCCUUCAUUAUGAGCUCAUUCUGGAAAACCAAACGAUUAAUUCCAACAGGUGCUGCUCCCAAUUAGACCAACUGAAAGCAGCACUCGACGAAAAGCAUCCAGAAAUAGUCAACAGAAAAUAUGAUAUUCCAUGAGGGUAAAGCAAGACCGCAUGUUUCUCUGAUGACCAGGCAAAAACUGUUACAGCUUGGCUGGGAAGUUCUGACUCACCUGCCAUAUUCACCAGGCAUUGCUCCUUUGCAUUUCCAUUUAUUUUGGUCUUUACAAAAUUUUCUUAAUGGAAAAAAAUUUCAAUUCCUUGGAAGACUGUAAAAGGCACCUGGAACAGUUCUUUGCUCAAAAAGGUAAAAAGUUUGGGAAGAUGGAAUUAUGAAGUUGCCUAAAAAAUGGCAGAAGGUAGUGGAAGAAAAGGGUGAAUACAUUGUUCAAUAAAGUUCUUGGUAAAAAUGAAAAA